AUGUCUGUUGCACCUUCCUAAUUUGAAAAAUGCUAUAAACAUCCAUCAAAUGAUAUAGUUCUUUUUUGUAUGUCUUUGGAAUGCAGACAGGUUUUAAAUAUAUUCUAUAAAAAUUAAAUAGCCCUUAUGUAAAGAUUGUUGUAAAUUACAUGUGCAAUAACACAAUUAAAAUGGUACAUAAGCUCAAUUAGAUACAGUUGAUAAUGUAAGAUAGUAAUUAUUGAAUAAUGUGCAUGAAAUGAAAAUAAAAUUUGAAGAGUACAUAUAUAUUCUAAUUUUAAAAGAGAGAGAACAAUUUUACAUCAUUUUAAUGUAAGUGAAUCUCCAGAAUUAUUGAAAUAAAUACAAAAUAAAUUACAAAGAAUUAAAUAAACAUUAAUGACAGCAGUCAAUGAAUAUUGUAUUUAAUUAGAAGAAUAAGUUAAAUAAAAAAUUCAUUUACAAAAAGUAAUUUCAAGAAUUAUAAUUUUUAGUAAUCUCAUCCUGGAGAAAGAAAAGAUCUUCAUCAUAAACUUAAUUAAAUUAUUAUUAAUUUAGAUCAAUAAGAAAAGAUGUUACUCUAACCUAAAUAUAUAAGAGGAUGUUUGAUGGUAAUGAGUGAUGAAUAAAAUCAUGAUUUUGAAUAAUUAACAUUAGAAGUUGAUGAUGCUCUUAAAAUAUAUUUAUCUAAUGCUUUUGAUGUUUAUGUUCAUGAUGACAAGUUAUAAAAAAUAAUCUAAACAUUUACAGAAUAUGUUGAUAUUUAUUAGGUAAAUUUGAAGGAAGAAUUAGAACAUUUAUCUAAAAAGAUUAGAGAUAAUAGUUAAUUAGUCCCUCAAAUACCUAAGAAAAAUAUAUAAUAUCAAAAAAUAGCAUAAUAACCUAUACCAAUUAAAGAGACAAAAUAAUAUCAUUCCAUUUAUGAUGAGAAAUUCAGUUCAAAUAAUUUUGCUAGUUAGUCUCAAUUCAAAAGAAGUUAUGGAGAUAAAAAAUAGGAUUAAUAUUAUUAAAAAAUAUAUUAAUGA